UAGCGACUAGAGCUGCCGAGUCGUGAGUCGCCAACAGAGUGGUAAGGAACUCGGCGCAGUUUCGGCCCAAAAAAGUUAUUUUGUCUCUGACUGAGACUCUUCCCUAAUAAACGAACAAGAAGAUCAUCACAGGAUUUCGGAUUUGACUCCAUUUCAUCCGAAACUGGGAAGGAGACGCCAGUGCCCGCAAAACGAGCCAGAGAGAGAGAGCGGUCCUCCACCUUGGCCGACCUUCACACAUCGUUUGGGACUCCCAAGGCCAGCAACCAGAAAAGCCGGCUUUUCUAGAGGGAAACAAAAAAUAAGAGGACAAGAAACUACAGACCACCAUUCUACCACCCAGCCAACCUGCCCCGCUGAAGCGAAGAGAAUUUCCUUGUUUGGUCGGGAAAAUAUUACCAAGAACCAAAAAACGAACGAGUUGGCCUAAAUUCGUGACUACCAUAAGAAGAAGUAAAAAAAAAAACGCUUCAUCGUCAACGAAUCAAGACGAGCCAUGCAAGAUGAAGCGCAUCCAGCAGCAGCAGCGACAUCGUCCGCAACUGCCACGACGUCGGGUAGUAUCGUCGGAAAGAAUGGCGUCGGAUUGAACCUCGGCGUCAACAUUUGUUCUUCGUCAGACCACUCGGUCGGGCUCUCAUUGCCCAUCUCGCCACUUUCAGUCAAAGCUGGAGGCUCGGAUUCUUCUUCAUCGUCGUCGUCGUCCUCGUCGUCGUCGCUGUCGCCCCAUCUCCACCCCAACAUCUACAGCGGAAACCACAGCUUUUCGGGCAAUGGUGGGAACCCGACGUCGUCGUCGUCCAAUGGCGACGGAGCUGAUCCGGAACUCUCGACACCAGACUCUGGAAGGUCCAGCUUGAGCCACAACGGGAGCAAUACGGGAGAGCAUGGUGGCCUCGGUGGUCACACUAGCCUCGUCGGUGGAUUAAUGAGUUCAUCGUUGCUCUCCAGCUUGAGCCCAUCUCCUUCGGCUGGACUGUGGUCGUCGUCGACAUCCAGCAGUUGUAGCAGUAGUGCCGAAUCGGGCUACCAUCCGCUGUCUCCGCAUUCGCCGCCGAGUCCCAGCCAGCAGCGGCGACCCAUCACGGGGUCCCAUCAUCUCAGUCCGAGUUUGACGACGUCUUCGACGACGCCUCGGUCAGGGCCGAGCUCGCCCUCGAAUUUCCUCCUGCCGGGAGUCAUCAAUGCCAACAAAUCGCCGGCGUCCUCGACCUUUUCUUCUCCCUGGUCGAGCGGAAGUGGUGGACCACCAAGUCCAACCCAUUGCUCGUCCCACUUGAGCCCGUCUUCAUCGGGACUGUGGAAUCGUGGUCGUUCGGCGCCCAAUUUGGCCGGUGGAAGCGUCGGCGGAGGGGGUGGCGGCGGCGGCGGUGGUGGUGGCGGUGUUAGUAGUGGUGGCUGUGGCGGUGGAGUUGCCAGCAGUCCGUUCGGUCACGGACUCAACUCUGCCUUUGCUCCAUUUUCCCAAUCGGCCGGCUCUCCGUGGGCCAGCUUAGGUGCUUCGACUACUCCGGUGAGCCGCAAAAGCCUUAGUAAUCACCACACUUAUGGCAUGGCUGGUUCGAUGACCAAUCCGGCCGCAGCGGCAGCGGCUGCUGCUGCGAACGCGGCUGCAGCCAGUUACAUGGCGAACGGCCAGAGCGGCUACGGCGGUGCAAGUCGCUUUCGUCGCAGCACAUCCUACCCGGGAAAGAACAACGUCUUCGGUUCCACCCAGUUCCAUAUGGCCCCGCCCACUCUGGAAGUCACCAACAUCGACGAGAACAGCGACUACAUGUAUCAGGACCCUCACGGAUCCAUCACGCCUAGUCCCCUGGAUAAUAUGCGAGGACUCGAGUACUACCUGCACGAUAUGAUGCAUAAUAACGCAGGCAGCGACGGACAGGACCAGCAAGCCAAAGCAGGAAAGUACUACUCGGCAUUGGAUGGAACGGAUAUGAACUACGGAGGCGAGGACAACGGCAUGGGACUGACCAUGGGCCUCGGCGGAAUGGCUGGAUUGGAUUGCUUCGGGAUGAAUGGUGGUAACUACUUGCCGUCGUUGUCUAUUCAUUCGCAAUCGCACUGUCUACCCUCUCCGUCGCGUAUCUCGCCCAGGAGCCCCGUCUCGACCUCUGGAUCCGAAUCUGGAGAGCGCUAUUCACGAAAAGUCUUUGUUGGAGGCCUCCCUCCCGACAUUGAUGAAGAGGAAAUCAAUGCCAGUUUUCGUCGUUUCGGAUCGUUGGUGGUCGACUGGCCUCACAAGGCUGAAAGUAAAUCUUACUUCCCACCCAAAGGCUAUGCGUUUCUCUUGUUUCAAGAGGAGAACUCUGUUCAGCAGUUGAUUGAGACUUGUAUGCAAGAGGAAGAUAAAUUGUAUCUCUGCGUUUCGUCACCCACGAUCAAGGAUAAGCCAGUACAAAUAAGGCCGUGGAAAUUGUCUGAUGCCGACUUCGUUCUAGACGCUUCUCUGCCGCUCGACCCUCGCAAAACAGUCUUUGUUGGCGGAGUACCCCGUCCUCUGAAAGCGGUCGAACUGGCCCUGAUUAUGGACAGACUCUACGGAGGCGUUUGCUAUGCCGGAAUCGACAUUGACCCGGAAUUGAAGUAUCCUAAGGGAGCUGGACGUGUGGCGUUCAGUAAUCAGCAAUCGUACAUAGCCGCAAUUAGUGCAAGAUUUGUGCAAUUGCAGCACGGAGACAUCGACAAACGAGUUGAAGUGAAACCGUACGUUCUGGACGAUCAAUUCUGCGAUGAAUGCCAAGGAAGUCGCUCGGCUGGAAGAUUUGCCCCUUUCUUCUGCGCCAACGUGACAUGUCUUCAGUACUAUUGUGAGCAUUGCUGGGCCAUGGUUCAUUCACGCCCAGGCAGGGAGUUUCACAAGCCGCUCGUCAAGGAAGGAGCUGAUCGACCUCGAACCGUUCACUUUCGUUGGUGAAGCUUGGCUGAAAAUCGAUAGUUAAAGUCUGUUUCUCCUUCUUCCCUCCCUCGCUCUCUCUCUCUCUACGUACACCUCUUUUUCUCUACUUCUUUCUCUUCCCCUUUGACUCUCUUUUUCCUUCCGAUUUCUUACAUCUUCGCCGUCGGUACCCAACAUACAGAUACUGCGCAGGUGGGGGGGUGGGGUCUCUUACGUAGAUGAAUUCAAAUGAGGAUUAUUUCUUUUUUUUCUGGAUUCAAGGCGGAUUCGUCUUGAGGAAGUAGGACAAUUGAUCAUCAUUUAUUUCCAUCGGCUUCAACAAAACCGUCUUAUUUUUUCUUGAACUUGGGGAAAAGGUUAACUUGGACUUGGCUGGGGGCUUUACCAAGAUAAAUUGCGGUACAGAUAUCUUUUAGAUUAGCUGUUCAUUUUUCUCAAGUACUUUCUUUAGUCCAAAAGACUUUCUAAACCAAAGAAUUUGUUUUGGGUUGUAAAAUGAAGUAUUAUUAUUUUGUUUAUGUUUUUUUAUUUGUUUUUUUUUUUUGUAGAGAUUAAUCAAAUCUAUUUUUCUCCUAAUAGUUUCUUAAAAAAAAGAAAAAUCUGAUUUUUUCUUUAUUAUUUGGUAAUGAAAUUAAUGUUGCUUAGCGACUAAGUUAAAAUUUAGUUUUUUUUUUUUCAUCAGAUGUUGAACGUCGUAAGCCUGGGUAGUCUAUAUAACUGAAAUGCAACACAAAAAAAGAAAACAAAAAAGAUGGGUAGGAGGUUUUUAUUGAUCUUGAAAAUAAAAGAAUUAUUUUUUCUUUGAAAUUUUAAUCAACACCUAUAUUUAACUGCUGGUAGUUGGCCUAAUUCGUAUUUUUAUUUCUUUCCUUUCGCGUAAGAAAAUUAAAAACAAUUCACUAGGCGGACUAAAAAAAAAUUGUUCAGUUUCCUUGUUGGACUAUUAACUUUCUGUUGAUUGUUUCUUAUUUCCUGAUAAUGUCUUAACCUAGUCAGUUUUAUAUACCAUCUUUUACCCCACAAACCCAAACCUUUUUAAUUUUUUCUAAUUUCAAUUUUUUUUUGUUUUUAAAACAAAACCUUGAGUGUUCGAUUUUUUUUUCUUAACCGGUUAAAGCUUUUUAUAUUUAUACAUAUAUUUUUUUGAAAAUUUCUCCCUUUCCGUUACCACUAAAAGGAAGGAAUAUUGUUUCUUUUCUGUGGUAUGUAGGUAAUUGGGAUGAUAGAAAAAAGGGAAAAGUUGAAUUUUGUUUUCUAUCACUCCGGAGGGAUUCUUUGAAAUAGAGGAAAGACCCAAAAGC